GAGACUUCCGAGGAGCCUGAAGAGUAUAAAGUCUCUGCCAUGAACCCGACGAUUCACUUUUUAAUUCAUCAUCAUCAUCACAGCAUCUUCACAACUCAUCACAACAUCACUACAAAGCUACCAACAAAGCUCCAAUAACUCACCUUUCGACCAAUCCACCAACACCACAAACAACCAACUUUCUCAACCCUUUCCAACCUUCAAAAUGCAGUUCAAGUCCACCGUCUUCUCCACCCUCGCUCUCCUCAUGGCCAGCACCGCCAUUGGAGCUGCCAUUGAGACUCCCGGCCACGAGGUUGAUGCUCGCGCUGCCAUGAUCGCCACCGACCCUUACUACGCCUGCAACUGCCCCAACAACUGCAAGCACAAGCAGGGCAGCAGCUGCAAGUACUACUCCGGCCCCUCUGACAAGUCUGGCCAAAUCUCCGGCACCUGCAACAGCCGUGACGGCAGCUUGACCUGUGUCGCUUAAAAAUUUGUAGCGAUACACAUGCACACCCACCUGUCUACUGAUUUACGAU